UCUCAGGUACAAUGAACACAAUAUUCGCUGUUUUGAAGCAAACAUUUUAAUAAACAUAUUUAUUACAUUUUAAAGACAUAAGCUAUUUUAAUGUUAAUAUGGAUUUGCUGAAACUGUAACGUUUUGAAAGCGGAUAAUUUAAUAUUGUUAUAUUUAUUCUUUAUUUACUGCCUAACGCUAAACUAAAUGUGUUCGUAUUUCGGAAAAAAAACAAACAUUUCUUUUUUGAAACUAGCGUUUUCGUUAUAGAACUUACCAGCGAUGGGGAAUACACUUGAGUGUUCAAUAUUUUGUGCUCGUCCACGUGUUCAAACCAAUAAAAAGUGCCUUGUGAACAACAAAUUAGAAAAUCGAAAGAAGAACUUGUUGAAGAAGAGACCUAAGGUACAGAAAACAGAUGAUAGAAGUUUCGCCAAUACUGAAAAUGUGACUAGAAAACAAGACACAGAAGAAAAAGAAGACAUCAAUUACCAAGCCUUUCUUCAAAACUGCUUCCAAGGUAUAGACGAUGAGAGAAAUGCACAAGGCAACCAUGACUCAGAAAUAAAUAGUGAUAUUUUGCACGACGGCUACAUGAAGGUGUCUGACUUCAAACGGUUUGUUGAAGAGAACUUUCAUGCACUAGAUAAACAGAAAUCCCGUAGGCAACUUCAAGCAUAUUUUUCUGAUUCCAUGGAAUGCAACCUUCCGGACACUGUACAAGGGUUCUUCAUGGAUGAUGAGAGUAAUGUUAUCACAAUGGACGAGGAAGAGCUUACAAAUGAUGGUAACAGAGAUCAACCAAAUAUAAGAAACGUUUCUCUGAAUAAAACAACCGGAAAAGAUAAAAGUACUAACGGCGAAGACGACAAUCAAGAACCGACUAAAGAAAAUAAAACGAAAAGUGCAUUUGAAAGAGAUAACUCGUAUUCAAGGCAAGAAAGAAAAUUGUCUCAUUCAACACAACAUGGAAAAGAAGACAGACGGCAUGAAAAGAAUAAUUCCGAAUCGACACCUGGACUCAUGGCUAUUCCUGACAGUAGUGGGUCAAACUCUGAAAGCAAGUCGGAAUGUUGUGAACACGUUAACAUCAAGCAAUCUGGAAGCAUGUCAGAUCACAGCACAAGUAGACAAGAGUUUAAUCAUAAACAUUGGUAUAUGUCAGUGGCCUCGUUUGCAAACAGCGCCAAGAAUUUCACAAUUUCUCGACUUCACGUGAAAGACGAAAAAGUAAAUGCGACAUUUAUGUCGUUGCCCAAUUUGUCUGAAAUCAGGUAUAAUCCUGAAUACCAGAAUCAGCACAUGAAAGAAUCAGUAUUUCCCGAAGCAACAGAAGUUUACAGUUACUCCCUGUCGGUACGUAUAUCUAUGCUAUACUUUAAAACAUUGCAGUUGUGCCAAGCACUUUGAGGUUAUCUGGUUCAG